AUGCAGCGGCGUUCGUCACGGGGCGCGGCUCGGUCAGCGCGGUGGCAGGAGGCAGCAGAGGCGGGCCAGGGGCUGAGCGAAGAGGAGGAGGCCCCGCGCAAGCGCAGGGCUGGCAAAGGCACGCCGCUACGCUCCCCUGUGGAGGAGCAGGAUGAGGAGGAUUAUGCCCCGGACCAGGAUGAGGAGGAGGCGGAGCAGCAGAAGUGCAGUGGGCGGCAGGCAGGCGGCAGGCGGGCGCUCGCUGCGGGUGACGAGGCAGGGCCGUCGGCCAAGCGCGGCCGCCGUAGCCUGCCGGCGGCAGUGAAGCAAGAGCCCGGCGGGGGUGAGGCCGGCCCGUCGCGCUAUGCAGCAGCAGCGGGAGGAGCUGCGCGAGCCACCAACGCCGAGCUUCGAGCGGUGGACGAGAAGAUAGCAGAGUACCGUCGGCUGCGGGACCAUGCGGCGGAAAAGGCGGAGGGCAAGGCGCCUCGCAUGGCGAUGGAGCAGGCGUCGCGGGCGCUGGUGCGUCACAUGCUCUUCUCACACAGCGAGAAGCCGGGGGUGCCGGUCAAGCGCGCAGGCAAGCUGGCGCCGCUGCCAAACACCCAAGCAGCCUGCACCUGGUCCAAAAGCCCUGCCACCAGCGAGGUGUCUGCCGUGGUGACCCAGCGCUUCCCAAACCUCAAAUCCAAGACCGCAGUCACAUCGUAUGUGAUUGCACACGCGCAGCACUACCUGGCAGCUAGCCUGGGCCUGGAGAUGCUGAGCCAGAGCAAGGCGACGCUGCGGGGGCGCGAGGGCGCGGGCAGCCAGCAGUUUGUGCUGCGCAGCAUGGUGCCGCCGGCGCUGCGGGCAGCGUAUGUGCUGGACCCAUCCCAGGCCUCCCAGCGGGGCCUGCUCAUGGUGGUGCUCGCGCUGAUCAACCUGGCUGGCGGCAAGCUGGAGGAGGAGGAGCUGGCGACGCAGCUGGCGGAGCUGGGCGUCUCCACCCAGCAGCCGCACCCCGUGUUUGGGCAGGUGGAUGCCCAGAUCAAGUACAUCCAGCAGGACAAGCAGGCGGGGCCCGAGGGGGAUGUCAUCGUGUACCGCUUUGCGGAACAGGCUGUGGGGCCACAAGCUGAGAUUGGUGAGUCAGCCAUCCAUCGGUUCAUUGAGGAUCAAUUCGCGGCGGCACCGGCGGCGGGCGGAGGCGGCGGAGAGGAUCACUAG